UCGGUAAUCUGCAUUCAGGUUUCAAGUUCUGGUUCAGCUGAGUGUUCUUGGAUUUUUUCAGAUAAGAGAAAAAUGGCAGCUGCUUUGAAACUUAUGUGUGUUAUGGGAUUGAUUGUGCUCAUCAGCAUUUUGGAGAUAGGAAAUGUUGAUGGAGCAGGGGAAUGUGGAAAAUCAUCACCUGAUAAUGAGGCACUGAAGCUAGCCCCGUGUGCCGAAGCCGCACAAGACGCGAAAGCUCCGGUUUCAGCCGCUUGCUGCUCCCAGGUGAAGAACAUGGGCCAAAACCCAAGCUGUCUCUGCGCCAUUUUGCUAUCCAACACCGCUAAAGCAUCCGGUAUUAAGCUCGAGAAUGCCAUAACCAUCCCUAAACGCUGCAACUUCGCCAACCGUCCCGUUGGUUACAAGUGCGGACCUUAUACACUUCCUUGAAGUGGAAAUCUGGGAAACUGAUGCUGGAGCUCACUUGUACUACUGAAUAUGUAGCUUAAGCUUACCUUUGUAUGAAUAAAAAGCUUAAAGCCAUGUUCAUAUUAUUAUAUCCAAUAUUGAAUAAAAUAGUUCAUCGUCCA